AUGGAUACACCAAAGCAGAUAGGCAAGAAUUCUUUCUCCUUUGCACAAUUUUUUUCAUAUCUUCCAGGGCCUAGGCGCUUUUGUGAUGGCACUAACAGAACGGAUAUAUCACAAAUCUGUGGGAGGCCAACGGGCUUGGGGUUUUACUACAAGACUGGUGAGCUCUUCCUGGGAGAUGCUGAUCUAGGCCUUGUUGUCAUACCGUCUGGAGGAGGUCCUGGAAUUCAACUUGCCUCCAGUGCAGAGGGAGUGAGAUUUGGCUUCCCUGAUGGCCUUGAAGUUGAUCAAGCAACUGGAAUGGUCUACUUUACUGAUGCAAGUUCCCGCUACAAUCUCAGUCAAAUUAAUAAUAUAGUUUCCAAUCGAGAUGCAACGGGAAGGUUACUAAAGUACGAUCCAAGAACGAAAAACGUUACGGUGUUGCUCAGGGGACUUUCAGGGGCAGCUGGGGUGGCAAUCAGUGAGGAUGGCUCAUAUCUUCUUGUUACGCAAUUUGUGAUAGGGCAAGUUUCGAAGUAUUGGUUGAAGGGUCCGCUGGCAAAUACAGCAGAAGUUUUGGUAAACAUGACAGGAAUGCCGGAUAAGAUCAAGAGGAACACUAAGGGAGAGUAUUGGAUUGCAGUAACUGUUACAAGCAAAAAUUCAACACAACUUCAAGGACAAAGGAUCGAUGGAGAUGGAAAUAUCUUGGAAACACUAACAUUUAGCCCUGAUUUUGAUUCGUCAUUGAUCACAGAAGUUCAAGAGUAUAAGGGUGCACUAUAUUUAGCUUCUCUAUAUGUUGGAUAUGUUGGGGUAUACAGGUGAUUUCCGUAUAAUGUCAAGGUUCCAUAAGAGGGGAAUUAGAUAUGGAUGUUA